AUGAGUGACUCUGAAUCUUUGUCUUUAAGUGAAAGCGAUAAUUUUUAUCACAACAGAAAACUCUCAACAAUCACAGCCCCUUCUGAUGUUCUUAAGGAUGUUAUUGAUUCAGAUAAUGAAGACAUUAAUGAUAUUUCUAUGCAUGGAACAAAAGAUCGAACUAUUGCUGGAAAUGAAACAGAAUAUCAAUCUCGAUGGAGAAAAAGAGAAAUAAGUCCUGUUAGAGAGUGUAGAACAUAUAAAGAGCGAAUAAAACAACAUGAAAAAGAAAUGAAAGAGUAUAACGAAAAUAAAGAAAAGCAAGAAGCUGACAAAAGAGAAAAGAAUCUCAAAACUAAAAAAGAACAUCGAGAGAGAAAUAAACAAUACCAUCAAGGUAUUAAAAAAAGAGAGAGAAGUGAUAGCAGACAUAGGUCAUAUACUGAUCAAUACCAUACAAAGCAUUAA